CGUGGUACGGUGUCAUCGACUGUUGCUAGCUAGAGAAAAGAUCAAUAGUUUUUGGUUUGUUGCUAAUGCUCUGACUAUCCUCGUGUGCGUGAAACAAAGAAUCUGGUCCGCUAAUUAUGGUAAUGAGGAAAGUUCAGGUCUGUUUCCACAAUGUCUAUGUGAAGCAAUGCACGCAGCCUCCUCCUGAAGAUUUCUGUAAACCCCAUCAUACAUCUCUCUCUAUCUCUUCUCUUAUCUUUUUCCAUACAAGUCUUUCUGACUAUCCUCAAACUUGUUUUUUUAUCUUUUUCCAUACAAGUCUUUCUGACUAUCCUCAAACUUGUUUUUUUUCUUUAUUUUGCUCUUUACCAUAGAAAGCUAAACCCGGAAAAAUUAUUUACAUUAUCCCAUUUUAUUAUAUAAUAUAAAAGAGAAAAUAUUAACCAGUGGUGGUGGUGAUAAUUACUGAUAAGAGUAGGUGUUUUGCUCCUUCUAUCGCCAGGUGUUGUUGCCUUCUUCUUCUCUCUAUCCUUUUUUUAAAUUUUUAUUUUUUUUUGCUUUGAGUGGAGAGGACUUAAUGAGACCAAACACAGUAGAUUUCCAGAUCUAAUCACAGUCGUGGUCAUGAGUUUUCUGUGAGAGAGAAAUAAAAAGCUAUUUUGUCGUCUUGCUCCUUUCUUUGGGCUGUGGAUUCAGACACAACUUGUCGGAAAAGUUCUUUGGGAUUUUCAAAUUUAGAACAAAGUAAAGGUUGAAACUUUUCUGAGCGAGAGAGAGAAGAAGAAGAAGAAGAAGAAGAAGGAAUGGGUCAUUACGCAGCAGAGUGGGAUGAUAAAGCAGCAGCUACUGAGAUAACCAAAGAUUGGAACGGCAUUGACCAAGUCCUUCUUCGUAAUCCGCACGGCGCUUCUGCAAAGAUUAGUUUACACGGAGGACAAGUGAUUUCGUGGAGGAAUGACAAAGGCGAAGAGCUCCUUUUCACUAGCAACAAGGCUAUAUUCAAACACCCAAAAUCAAUGCGGGGAGGGAUCCAGAUUUGUUAUCCUCAGUUUGGAGAUUGUGGGUUACUGGAUCAACAUGGGUUUGCAAGGAACAAAAUCUGGGUUAUCGAUGACAACCCACCUCCUCCUCCUCCUCCUCUUCCCACUAACGAAUCCUCCUCCUCCUUUGGAAAAUCAUUUGUUGAUCUUCUUCUUAAACCUUCUGAAGACGACUUGAAGCUAUGGCCUCACAGCUUUGAGUUCCGUCUUCGGGUUUCACUUGCCUUAGAUGGAGACUUGACAUUGAUUUCUCGUGUUAGAAACAUCAAUGGCAAGCCCUUUAGUUUCUCUUUCGCUUAUCAUACUUACCUCGCUGUCUCUGAUAUCAGUGAAGUGAGGGUUGAAGGGUUAGAGACAUUGGACUACUUGGACAACCUCAGCAAAAGAGAGCUUUUGACUGAACAAGGCGACGCUAUAACCUUUGAAUCUGAGAUGGACAGGACUUACCUUAGAUCUCCCAAAGUGGUAGCAGUUCUUGACCAUGAACGGAAAAGAACAUAUGUUAUUGGAAAAGAAGGCCUUCCAGAUACAGUGGUAUGGAAUCCAUGGGAGAAGAAAUCGAAAACCAUGGCGGAUUUUGGGGAUGAUGAGUACAAAAACAUGCUUUGUGUGGAUGGUGCAGCACUAGAGAGACCAAUCACUUUGAAGCCAGGAGAAGAAUGGACCGGCAAGCUCAUGUUAACCGCUGUUAAAUCCAGUUUCUGCUUUGAUCAACUUGAACUACAGAGCAAAGGAUUCUGAUUAUUCUCGUCUCUCUUUUGGAAUCAGCCAUCCUUGAAGAAAGAAUAUCAUUAUAUGCUUAUUCCUCCCAUUUGCAAAGGUCUCUGCAGUUUUUUUGUACUGCAAUAUCGGAAAAAAAGCAGAAUCAUCAUCAUCCUUC